AAUUAUUUCAGUUUCAACAGAUAUUCAGUGGUAUCGAUAUUAAAAACAAUUUUUUACCGAAUAGACUAUGACUUCAACGGAAACAGGUUUCGCGACGACAGCUAUCCAUGCUGGGCAAGAUCCUGGUCAGUGGAAUCAUUAUGCGGUUGUACCACCUUUGGUGAUGUCGACUACUUUUAUGCAGGAUGAUCCAGCACAGCUUGGACGUUUUGAAUAUGGCAGAUGCGGCAAUCCUACGCGUGAUGUUCUGGAGACAUGCCUGGCUGCUUUAGAGAAUGGCAAUCAUGCCUUAUGCUUCUCUUCAGGAUUAGGUACUCUUACUGCUAUUACAGGUUUACUAGAAACAGGAAAUCAUCUAGUUGUCGGAGACGAUCUUUACGGUGGAACUAUUAAUUAUAUCCAGAAAUGUAGUAGCAAACAAGGCGUGACAUAUACUUUCGUUGACAUGACUGAUGUACAAAACGUUAUAGACGCUAUACAACCAAAUACAAAGAUGAUAUGGCUAGAGACGCCGACGAAUCCUUUGAUGAAACUAACAGAUAUAAAGGCUGUUGCUAAAAAUUUGAAAUCUCGCCCAGACAUUAUAUUAGUCGUUGAUAAUACGUUUUUGACAUGUUACUUUCAAAAACCUCUUGAUCUUGGUGCCGACAUAGUGAUGUAUUCAUUGACAAAAUAUAUGAAUGGCCAUGCGGAUGUGAUUAUGGGUGCCGCUAUAACGCGCCGGGAUGAUCUCGCGCAGAAAUUGCGGUUCAAUCAAACUGUUAUGGGAAUUGUUCCAUCGCCGUUUGACUGUGCCUUGGUCAAUCGUAGCUUGAAAACGCUUGAACUAAGAAUGCAGAAACACAUGAAGAAUGGCUUAGCCGUAGCCAAGUUUCUUGAUUCUCAUCCUAACGUUGAAAAAGUGAUUCAUCCACUUCUUUCAUCGCAUCCGCAACAUCAGCUCGCAAUUAAACAACAAACAGGACAUAGUGGAAUGGUUUCUUUCUAUCUGAAAGGCAAUUCUAAGCGCUUUUUGCAAGCAUUGAAAGUUUUUGUUCUAGCCAAAUCUUUAGGCGGUUACGAAUCGCUAGCUGAAUUGCCGUCUCAAAUGACGCACGAGUCUGUGCCGUUAGAUAUGCGAAUAAAAUUAGGCAUAACUGAUCAAUUGAUUCGAUUAUCUGUUGGCCUUGAAACCGAAAAUGAUCUCAUAGCCGAUCUCAAGCAAGCAUUGGCUGCUUGUUAAUGAAUGAAUGGAUGUAAUCAGAUAACCGGAAAAAUAAUUCAAUA